AUGUCUCCCAUGGUUUCUUUUUUGCUCUUCUUCUCUUUCCUGACUAUUCUCGCCAUUAAUGCUAGAGCUCAAGACAGAGCCCCUCAUGGGGUUGCUUAUGAAAACCCAAUGGCCCUUUCGCCAUCAGCAUAUGACUUCUUCCAUCCAACCACGCAAAAGCCCAAGACCGAAGACCCUUGUCACGCAUCCAGUUGCUCCCCAUUGCCUAUCGCAGCACAGGUAGUGGAAGCCACUCCAGCGCACGAGAGCAGAGACUUAUCGCCCCGCAACGGCAACAGAGUGGGCGCUGGUGGCAUUGCUGGCAUUGUGUUUGGCCUUGUAUUUGCUGUGCUUUUGACUAUGGGCGUCUACUAUGUAACCAUCACGCGUCGAGCCAACAUGACUCGAACCAAUUCUGUUCAGCCUGAUGCCUGA